GGCGUAUUGUGAAGAGUGGUCGCGAAAGGUGUGGCAUAGCCGUGUAUAAACCAAUAAUGGUGUCCAUAGCAUUUAUGCUGCUAACGGCGUCAACACUAGCUGUCCACGGAAAAUAUCUGUCCAAAGAUCCGGACACACAAAAUGGAUGUAAUGGGAAGACUUUCUGCGAUAUAAAGCCGGCUGACUAUCCCCAGCAGGAAAUCGACAGACUUCUCAUUAAAGAAUUGCCAAAGCUUCAUCGAAGAAAAAGAGAAGGUGCCAUAGACACACCCAAACUCGAACCCGGGAGCACUGGCGGCAAUUGUAAAACAGUCAUGGAGAUGAAGACUCCGUACGAGCUCAGAAAUAAAGACCACGUUCCGCAAAUCGUAGUGCAAUCGAAAUUCUUCGAGCAAAAGAUACCGCACGUGACGUGUGAGAUCACAGACGAGCCCUGCUUUCAAAACCUACUACGACAAGAUUCCAACACCGAAACAAUGUGCAAGCAGAAGUUCAUCAACACCUUGUUAUUCGUAUAUGACCCUCAGAAUAACAAAGUGAACGCAAUCGACAGUCCAAUUCCUAUCGACUGUGUGUGUGAAACAUCCUAACUAUUCGUAAACUAUUAGGAGAAUUGAAAGGAUACAUCAAAUAUUUGAGAAACCAGUAUGUUUGGGGUUGAUAUGCGUGCCAAUGGCUUCACAACCAGGGUUGCAGAAGACCGUGCGAAGUGGAGGAGGAAAAGCCGGGCAGCGGACCCCGGGCUCCGAAGCGCUCGAGCUGAGGAUGCAACCGGGAAAACGCUAAGAUGAGAGACAGAGAGAGAGAGAGAGAGAGAGAGAGAGAGAGAGAGGCUAAUAAAUUAUUAGGAUAAUUGAAAGGAGACAUAAAAGAAAGAAGACACCACACCAGUAUGUUUAUUUCCCGCCUCUGUUACUAGAAAAGAUAAGUUUCAGUAGGAUAGGAGCUUUUGGAGUCUAGCUGUUAGGCGUAUCAUUUGAUAUAGUCAAGGCCUUUGCUAAUUAAUAACGAACUAAGCAUAUGCCAAUAUUGGCAUAAUCAUGAGAGACACUAGAAAGAAGAUUAUUUGAUAGCAAUUUACCAAUUGCUUUUGAGUGAUAAAAAAUAAAGAUUACACUACUCCUUGUCUGACUAGCAGAGCAAAUAUCUCAUAAAUACUUACCAUUAAUCAGUGGCCGAGGAUAUCUCAAACUAAAGGCGGAGUAAGAGAGUAGGUUUGUAGUUUUGUACGUUCUUGGGUGUCUAUUCGUUCCCAUAAAGUCCUAAUAUAUCUUUUGUCCACAUUAUCGUUAGUCAUAAUUUAGUGUUGCUCAGAAACACGUAACUUUUCAGGAAUGCCUUAAAACAAACCUAACCUAACCUAUCUAUAAAUGACCACAAUGAAAACCCUGAAAAGUUAACCGUUUCAGGAUUAUGAUAAAUGAUAAUAUGGCAAUAAUUACAUUAUGACUUUCAAUCAUUAUGUCAAGCAAAGGGAUCCGUUUCUACUUAGGUACAUAGUUUAUACCCGCAAGUCUCCAGCCUCUAAACCCUGAUGCCAGUUAACAGCUAACCCAUGCCAUACGAUUGCUAUUAAAAUCAAGUUAGGCACAAAACACACGGUGGACGUAAACUUUCGCGAGUGUCAUUGACACAAGUUUUUGUUACUAUUGUCGAAUUGUCGCUUAUAGAUUCAAUAGAAUGUUGAAUUGUAAAUUGUAAAUUCUGUAUUGCGUUUUACUAUAAACGAAUAAACAUUUUAUACGAU